AAGAGAUCCAAGUCACUCUCAUCCAGGUUCAGUCACAUAUCGUCACUUCAAUUGAAACUUGUUCACGACAUUGCAGUUACUUUCACUAGAUUAACUUCAAGUCUCCUAAGCUGAAAUUUCCCUUCCACCAAGCCUGGCGCGGCUGUUGAUCUGUCUGUCCUGCACCACACGACUCAUCUGAUCUUCCGCAACGGUUCACAAAGCCGUCCUACCUUCAAGUUCCAACGCUUCUCAUCAAGUCGACAAAGAUAUACAAAUUUAUCAAGUCUGACAAAGUCGGCACAGGCCCUUUCACGAUGUCCAAGGCCACUGUGGGCGAGGUCUAUGCCAAAGUCAUAAACGAGGUCUGCGAAAACUCUAGACAGGAUUUUGAGGAAGGUGGAGUUGAAUUGGCAACGUUGGAACUUCUAAAAGCGGAAUGGCAGAAGAAACUUUCAGGUCUUAAAGUCACCCAGCUGCCAUGGGAUCCUCAGGCAGCACCGGUGAUUAAAGAACAACCAGCUGCUCCCCCAGCAAAGCCUGUUCCCCAGGCUCUCCCUAGUAAUGGCAACGCCGUCAACACCCCGACGCCGCCUCAAGUUGCGCCAACAGUCGCCUCCUCCGUACCCCGGGUCAAGGCAGAGAACAGUCCAGUAUACCCCCCUCAAUCUGGUCCUCAGCAGAAUUACGCUGUCCCAUCAUUCCCUCAAGGCCAACCAAUGACAGCUCGGGAACGAGCAGCCCAGCAGCUCCACGAGAGUUAUGGCCAGCGUGCUGGCGCCCAGAUCGCUCAGUUACAGUCUAACCAGCGAGUACCAGGACAAGCAUCGGCAGGCUCUCCCGUCAACUACAUCAAGCAAGAAGAAGGGCAAUCAUCAUUGGGAGGUGUGCAGGAUUACCAUGCCGGUGCUCAGCCCAUCCAGACUAGCCAGACCGAUGGAUCUGCUGAUUCGUACGAUGACUGGGACACCGAAUAUGCUCGGCGAAAGGAGUUUAGCAGAAUCCACGGCGCCAGGGCAGAUCGAUUGAUCAAAGAUCAGGCUCUCGCAAAAUUGCAACAGCUCGAGGGUGGAGGCUUACUGACACCUCUUGAUGAGCGCCCAUCACAGCGUAGUGCAAAGAUACUUGGCUCCGCAUAUCCUCUGCAAUCUGGAACUUCUUCAGAGCCCAGCCGUCUGGCUCGCGCGCAAGGCGAUGCGACUGGAGAUGACGACGAUGACAUUGACGACGAAGAUGCGAUCAACUCUGAUCUUGACGAUCCUGAUGACUUGGCCGCGAAUGAGGGCGACGAAGAAAACACGGACCAGGUUAUGCUAUGCACUUACGACAAGGUACAGCGGGUAAAGAACAAGUGGAAGUGCACGCUCAAGGAUGGUGUUUUGCGAGUGGACGGUAAUGAAUAUGUAUUUCACAAAGGCCAGGGCGAAUUCGAGUGGUAGGUAACCACAAUUUUCUGCGACAAUGUGGGAUGACGGCGAAAUGACUCCUGACUCGGCGGCGUUUGCUGGGAAGGUUAUGGCUAAAUCAACAAGAUACCAAACUGCUCCUCCUCGUGGAUGUUUCAGACGGACGAGAAUUACUUAAUGGCUGGAAAAGUUUGAAUGCAAGACCUAGGUGUUUGUGAGGACGAGAUUGAUCGCAUUGGGCAAAUCACAUUGGGAGCCAUUCUUCAUGGUCCUAUUGUGCUUACCCAGCCAUUGCCUUGGUAAUCACGACUUGUAGCCAAUUAUCAAGCUGCAAACCCAACCUUGUAACUUGUACCUGCGAUACAAUCACUCCUCUACAAGUCUAAUAAAAUUAUAGAUGAAGCAUAGCAAGGCCUCUCAUCUAGCUGCC